AUGCCUCCUCUUCGCAAAACCGACCGAAGGAGCUUGCCGCAGAAAGAAGAAUCACAGCCCAUGACUGAGAUCAGGAUGUCCGCCAACUCAACAGACACCACCUUAGUCAGUCCAGACAAGGAGCUUGGUUUCGAGCGAGCUCCCUCGUCACACCCUGUCUAUGGAUCCUAUAGAGAACUACAGCCUCCCACGCCCGUGAGAAGACCGGGCAUGCCCGACCACCAUAGUCGAAAUCUGUCCGACCUCAUGACAGAGAGCUUACAAAACAGUCCUAUGGAAACUCCAAACGGAGGCUCUUUCCCUCCCUUUGCCCCAAGAGCUACAUCUUCAUAUUCAGAAGCGGGAACCCGCAGUUCUUCGCCUUAUCCAUCUCCGUAUCCUGCCUCUACUCCAUUCCGAAGUCAAGAAACGCUCCGACCACUUGUCCCCGACUCUUCUCCUACGUAUCUACAUCGAGAUUGGGUCAAAGAAGGCUCCAUCGCCCAACUUCACCAUCGAGAUGACAAGGAUCUUCUCGCUGGCAAGAGGAGAUGGCUGUACACGUACUUUGCACCUCUUCUCGGUCUGUUGACCCUUGCUCUGUACUGGCUUUACUUUGGAAUGCGAAUAACGUUCGUUAUUUCUGCCCAACAGAAGUUCGGUGCUCCGUUUCCACUGGCUUGGAUCUUUAUCGCCAUUGAAAUCAGCGUUGCUGUUCCCAUCUUCCUUCAAACAUUCUGGUCCCUGUUUAUCAUGAAGAAGCGGAGAAGGCCAAAGUUGCGGUUGAUGGGCAACGACGUCCCGACCGUCGACGUGUUCAUCACCUGUUGUGGUGAAGAUUUUGAUGUGAUCAUGGACACCGUACGAGCAUCCUGUGAUCUAGACUAUCCUGCAGAUCGUUUCCGGGUUCUCCUCCUCGAUGAUGGAAAAUCAGACUCUCUGAAGGAUGCCAUCGAGGACAUGCGUGAAACCUUCCCCAACCUCUUCUACAAGCGUCGACCCAAGUUCCCUGGAGUGCCCCAUCAUUUCAAAGCCGGCAACCUGAAUUAUGGAUUGGAUGAUGUUCACAACAUGCCUGGAGGUGCAGGUGAAUACAUGGCUGCUCUUGACGCAGACAUGAUUCCUGAGCAGCAUUGGCUUCGUGCCGUGCUGCCCCAUCUGUUGGUCGACGACAAGAUGGCUCUUGCGUGCCCACCUCAAUUGUUUUACAACGUUCCCAAAGACGACCCCCUUUGUCAGAGUCUAGACUUCUUCGUCAGUGUGUCUGAGACCGUCAAGGAUGCCAUGGGCGUCGCUUGGUGCACCGGCUCCGGCUACGUUGUUCGACGCACUGCUCUCGACCAGAUUGGCAACUUCCCCUGUGGCUCUUUGGCUGAAGACGUCGCGACCUCGACCUUACUCCUUGGCAAAGGUUGGAAGACAGCCUAUGUUCACGAGAAAUUGCAAUUUGGCACCGUCCCGGAAGACUAUGGCAGUCAUCUCAAGCAACGUACUCGAUGGGCAAUUGGAACUGUCGAUACCGCUUUCAAGCUGAAAUUUUGUCUAUGGGGUCAAGCUGUCAAGCACAUGAAGCUGGCUGCCCGAGUUUCGAGCUUCAUCUACGCGUUCCUCAGUCUUUUCAAUGUCUUUCUGACCCUCUCAAUCUUCGCCAUGCCGAUCGUGCUUAUUUCGAAUAAGCCCUUGGUCGCGUACGCAAAUGAAAACCAGCUGCGAUGGUUGAUUCGCGCUUGCUUUGCGACCAUGGCCUGCAAUCGUCUCUGCGAGUUCGUUCUUUACAUUCCUUCUGGCUAUGCCACUGGACAACGAGGCAGUCGAUCACAACUCUGGAUGAGUCCAUACGUUGCCUUAUGUAUUAUUCGCUCCUUCCUCUUGCCCACGUGGCUUGGUGGCCAAACACAAGCAUUCAAACCUACCGGUUCGCUGCAGUCGGCUCUCAACGAGCGGUUUCCGAAAUUGCGCAAACCGAUGUACCGACGUAUCUGGACAAUCUGUGUCAACUACAUGGCCGGAUUUCAUGUCCUCUACGUCUACUUCGUCCUUGUCGCAGUGUGCCUUUCGUCUUAUCGCUCUAUUAUUACACAAUACACGGUCCGAGCGAAAUUGGUCGGGCUACUCACUCACGCCUUUUGGCCACCCCUUUCGUGGGUAAUUGUCUGCUCGUCCUUCUGGAUUCCAUUCACAUAUGCUGUCGAUCCUCCGUCAAUGCCUGAUCGCGAGGAACUUCUUGUCCGAGACCCCAAGACAGGUGUCGCACACCCUACCGAGAAAGCCAAGAAAAUCGGUGUGUCUCGGCAGAGCUGGCUCUUCGAAAUGGAAUACUCUUUCACCACGCUGUUCACUGCCGUCGUUUUUGUGGCGGCAUUCUUUUACUAA